CAGGGAUGACCUAAAAGUUAACAUGGAUGAAGAAAUGAAAGAAAUGGUCUGGGAGAGUGAAUACAAUUCUAAGUGUACAGCACAUUUUAAAGACUCCGCACAAGAUUCUUUCUCUACAUACAACUAUGAGUGCACUCCUGUGCUUCCUAGACGAUUUGAAAGACCUAUCAUAAAGUCCCUUCAUAAACCCCUCUUCCAUUCAGAAACAUUAAAGACAGAGACGAAAGCAAUGUCUGUUAAUACAACAUCUGCUCCGUUCGUUGAUUUCCUUCGAGCUAAACAGAAUGGCAAUGGACAUUCUUCUAUAUUCCCAGCACAGUUUGCGUUCUCUCAAAAGCAAAGACCAGCACAGAUAGCCCAUACAGAAACCCGAACAUUAAGUGGAAAGCCAAAUCACACGUUCAGUUCAGCCUUUGAGAAGUCCUUUCCUAUUAAGAAUGCCACAUGUUCAACCCCAUGGAGUACAGCUAGCCGUUGUAGCCCAAAAAAGAUGCAAAGACGACAACUUAGUACCGUAGAAGAAACUGUACGGGAAGAAGAGAAAGAACUCUAUCGACAGUUACUGCAAGCAGUGACGGGAAGAAGUUUUUUCUCUUCAAAGCCAACAUCUUUUCUCCCCUCCCAAGUAUCUCGGUGUUUAAGUUCUAGCAGUGUUUCUUUUCCACCUGUCACGUCUAGUGUGAGCUCUUUAGAGCCUUCUUUGGAUGUGGAAACUUUAUGCCAGCCAUUGUUUAGUUCAACUCCACCAGAUCAGAUAUGCAUACCACUGUUAAGUGAUACCACAAAUUUUAAACCUACCUGUGAAAACAGAGACUUGAGUAGGCACCAGCUACAUGGACAGCGGAGUCAUACCAGCCAAGGGCAGAGUGAAGAUGAAGACUCAGUCAUUGUGAUUGAUUCAGUUUGCAAAGAUGAAGAAUAUCACAGCCGACCUUUUUUGAAGGCAGAGCACUGGAUUAAAGAAAUCACCAGCGUAUUUGAUUCAAGGGCAAGAGAAAGACGGCGACUAAUAGAAGAGCAGAAAGCAAUUGCAUUAAAACUUCAAAAUCAGAGGCUGCAGGAAUGUCCUGUAAAAGACCAUAUCAAUUUGAAACUGCGCGUACCUCUUGAAAAAGAAAUCCCUGUUACGUUACUUCCAAAACCACCAGUGAGUGUCCACGAGGAGCCAGAAUUCCCAGAGCUUACACAGGAGAUGGAAAGGGAAAUUAAGUGUGCCCUAUUUGGUGGAAGUCUAGAUCAAGUGAUAAGUGAAGGUUUCCGCUUAACAAUUACUCGUAAAGAUAUCAUGACGCUUCAUAGCUUAAACUGGCUAAAUGAUGAGAUCAUAAAUUUCUUUAUGAACCUUUUAAUGGAAAGAAGUAAACGAAAAGGUUUGCCUAAAGUCCAUGCUUUCAACACAUUCUUUUUUCCAAAACUAAAAUCUGCUGGGUUUCAAGCUCUGAAGCGGUGGACAAAAAAAGUUGAUGUAUUUUCUGCGGAUAUUUUACUAGUUCCAGUUCAUCUUGGAGUUCAUUGGUGUUUAGCUGUGAUCGAUUUCAGGAAAAAAACAAUAACUUACUAUGACUCCAUGGGAGGCCAGAACAAUGAAGCAUGCAAGUUAUUACUGCAAUACCUGAAACUAGAGAGCCAAGACAAGAAAGGGGUCAGUUUUGACUGUAAUGGAUGGACUCUAAGCAGUAAAAGAAGUCAGGAAAUUCCCCAGCAAAUGAACGGAAGUGAUUGUGGAAUGUUUGCCUGCAAAUAUGCAGAUUACAUUACCAAAGAUAAGCCCAUUACCUUCACACAGCAUCACAUGCCAUAUUUUAGGAGACGAAUGGUUUGGGAAAUUCUUCAUCAGAAACUCCUUUGACUGUGUCUGUAACUUUGUUUUGCCAGAUAUUUUGUAGAGGAUUUACCUCCUCUUCUUGAAGCUAAACAUGGACCAACAAAUAUACAGUAUAUUUUUUCACUUGUUUACAGAAUAAACAUAGCACUGUUAUUUAUGACGGCUGUCUCAAAUGAAUUGCCAAGUCGUGUGGAUUUUUUAAAAUAUUUAAUACCUAAAGGAGAUUAUUCUGUAGUUAUAUGUAAAGAAAUUAAACUGGUUAAAAACUUUAUAUUAUGUGGCUGAAAAUAUCUGGAGGCAGGCAAAAACUUUCAGGUGAAUACAGGAUAUCCUUUGUCUGCACAGGCAUUAUUUGCCUUUAGAUUCUAUAUGCUAGUACUGGUUAGAGUAUUUUCAGCACAAAUAGUUCAUUCACUCAGAAAUGACUUGUACAUUGAAACAAAAACAAAACAAGUUUUCUAGAAUUAAAGCUGCAAGCUAUUGUUUUACACCAAUAUGUACUUAAAUACAAGUAACUGCAAAUGGUUUCUACUUUUUGUAUAUCUUAAGAACACACAGUGGAAUUUACUGAAAACAUAAUGGAAUGUGUGCAUCAUAUUUGUACUGGACUAUGUUAAAGUCAUCUUUGUACAUUUGUAUUAGUGUCUUUCUGUUUCCAGCCUACCUCAGUUUAUGGGCUCAUCCAAGCUGGAUAUGGGCAAGAACUGCUACUGUGCAGUGUAAAAUGACCAGCAGAUUCGAUAUUGUGUUUUGAAGACUAAGACAUAUUUUGGCAAAAUGCUAUAUAUAUAUUUUUCCCCCUAAUUUUAAGGGUGUCUUUUUGAUUGUCUUGCUGGCUGCAAAAAAAGUUUUCUAUACAAAUGUCAAAACUAUUUAAGUCAUCUGAUUUGUAUCAGCCAUCGGCUAUUUACUUGACUUUUUAUUUAAAUA